CUGUUCCUCGCCGCCUCCGUCUAGGGUUUUUCUUUUCCUCAGAAAGCACGAGCGCAGAGAAACCUCUCGAGGCAACGCAUUUCUUCAGUCAUUUGCUGAUCUCCCAACCAUGGCAACCCAGAUGAGCAAGAAGCGUAAGUUUGUGGCCGAUGGUGUUUUCUUCGCGGAGCUGAACGAAGUGCUGACUCGUGAGCUAGCGGAAGAUGGAUAUUCCGGCGUGGAGGUCAGAGUUACUCCCAUGAGGACUGAGAUCAUCAUUAGGGCGACUCGCACUCAGAACGUUCUAGGCGAGAAAGGGAGGAGGAUUAGGGAGCUGACAUCAGUGGUGCAGAAAAGAUUUAAAUUUCCAGAGAACAGUGUUGAGCUUUAUGCCGAGAAGGUUAACAACAGGGGGCUCUGUGCCAUUGCUCAGGCGGAGUCUCUUCGAUACAAGCUUCUCGGCGGUCUUGCUGUCCGAAGGGCGUGUUAUGGUGUGUUGAGGUUUAUCAUGGAGAGUGGUGCGAAGGGAUGUGAGGUUAUUGUAAGCGGAAAACUCAGGGCUCAGCGCGCCAAAUCUAUGAAAUUCAAGGAUGGAUACAUGAUUUCUUCGGGUCAGCCGGUGAAUGAAUACAUCGACUCGGCCGUAAGACAUGUUCUUCUCAGACAGGGGGUGCUUGGCAUAAAAGUGAAGAUUAUGCUUGACUGGGAUCCCAAAGGCAAGCAGGGGCCAACCACUCCUUUACCUGAUCUGGUUACAAUUCAUCCACCCAAGGAGGAAGAAGAGUAUGGCAGACCAUCUUUGACUCUGCCUCCUACUGACAUUGAAGUCCCCCCUGCUUAAGUUACAUACAAAUUUGUUCUACUUUUUUGGCUGUUACUGCUGAAUUUGUUUUCAUGUACUGAUGAAACUGACAUUUCUGGAUUUUGUUUGGUUUUUUGUUAUAAAUCAAGAUGGAUUGUAUUGACAAAGUUUAUUCUGUUUUUGUUGUGAUGAGAAA